AUGGUAGACGAUAGCUACUAUAUCACAACCCACGAGGCAGCCCUGGCUGUGGUAGCCACAGCAAUGAAGAAGUCGCGGCUGAGAUUAGACACUCUGAUCAUCAACUCGAUAAUGGGAGGAAUACUUUUCAGUGUUGGAGGAAUGCUUCACAUCAUGGUCCAGGCCCAAAAUCCAGGAUUGAUAGCAUCAGAUCAACUGGGAAUAGUCCAAUUAUUGCAAGGACUGGUGUAUGGACUAGGUCUCUUCAAUGUGGUGAUCAUGGGUGUUGACCUUUUCAACUCAAAUAUCCUCUUCUUCAGCGUGGGACUCAUGAGAGGUGCCGUUACUAUAGUAGAUCUGCUCAUCAGCUGGUUUGUUUCUUUCUUCUUCAACCUGGCCUCCACCAUCAUGGUGGUUGCGCUGGUGAUGCACGCCUCAGGUGUAGCAAGCACAGACAACUAUAUUCAAGGUUCGAUCGACAUUAUCGUUGAGAAGGCAGAAUUUUCCUUUGCACAAACUUUUGUCAAGGGAAUAGCAUGCAACUUUUGUGUUGCCUUGGCCAUAUACCUCCAAUUAAUGGUGAAGCCUCUUCACGUGAAACUUUUGAUGAUCAUUCUUCCCGUCUUCACCUUCGUCUCGAUGGGAUUCAACCACGUUGUGGCAGACAUGUUUCUAUGUCCUGUGGGCCUGUUUAACAAUGCUCCUGUCUCGGUGGCUACUUACAUCUGGAAGAUCAUGAUUCCCGCUGCCCUUGGCAACAUAGUAGGUGGUGCUUUCUUUGGAAUCACGAUACCUUGGUAUCUUCAUUUGGUGGUCAUCGAGAUGGACCAGAAGAGACUUAAUCUUCCUCAGUGGGAUCAACGUGAUGAACAGCCUGAACUCAACAUGGACUCAAGAGUCGUUCGUGUUCCCAUAAGGCAAGAGAAGGACCAAUUGGAAUCUCCCAAUUCUGAUUCGACGAGCUCGUUUUCACAGGAAGGACGCAACGACAACGAUCCUGUGCAGAUGUUCGCUGAAAAUAAUAGGAAUAGUCUUGAGCGUGCAAACACGAGUUCGACGAUGCGGUCAACGACGCAGUCAACUAAUCGUAAGGUCAGAUCACCAAAAGGUGUAUUUCCAGUGUAUGGAAUGGGCGAGCCACUUGAAAGAGAAAAGUCCAUUGCCACUGGAGAGGUAGACCCCAAUUUUGACGACAUUAUAGACGACGAGAUAGCUGCUGAGGCUAAUACCGAGGCAAAUGCCGACAUACCGAACAGUUACAAUCCAGACAAAGACACUCUUGGAGGCGUUCUUCGCCAGACGCUCUCACGGGUGACCACUCGGCAAGCCAGAACCAACUCGGAUCUGGAAUCCGCAGGUGCUCCCAGCUUCAAGCGGCAUUUUAGCUUCGGAGGAGGCAGGAAUUCUGACGACAUCAGCAAACGUUUGGCCGAUGCUCGCAUAACUCAUAGAGCAGCAAAAUGGUCCGACGAUGUGGCUGGCAUCGCUAAUGAUUCGAUUCUGCAACCAAGAGUUAUCAAGUUUGAUGAACAAAAGCAACAGCAGCAGCAGCAGCAGCAGCAAGAACAACAGUCACAUAGAGCUUCCAGAUCGGAAACUGUGCGAUCAGUUUCUGUUACCCAGGAGUCUGCUCACAAUCAGCAGUUAAGGUUGGAUCAGGCGAGUGAAGUGAGCAUUGAUAGCUCUGCAUCUGACGCAGAAGAAGAGGAGGGGGUGUCUCAAGAAGCCGGUGAACGCAAAGACAGCUCUUGA